AUGACCACGAAUGAUACAUACGAAGCUACUUAUGCCAUCCCCAUGCACUGUGAAAAUUGCGUGAAUGAUAUCAAGGCAUGUUUGAAAAAUGUUCCAGGAAUCAAUUCAUUAAAUUUUGACAUGGACCAGCAAAUAAUGAGCGUGGAAAGCUCAGUGGCCCCUUCAACUAUCAUUAACACUUUACAAAGCUGUGGCAAAGACGCCAUCAUAAGAGGUGCUGGGAAGCCGAACUCUUCCGCAGUCGCUAUUUUAGAGACGUUUCAAAAAUAUACUAUGGACCAGAAAAAGGACACCGCUGUGAGAGGUCUAGCAAGAAUUGUCCAGGUCGGAGAAAAUAAGACCCUUUUUGACAUCACUGUAAAUGGUGUCCCAGAGGCGGGCAAGUACCAUGCCAGCAUCCACGAGAAAGGUGACGUCUCUAACGGCGUGGAAUCCACCGGGAAAGUCUGGCACAAGUUCGACGAGCCCAUCGAAUGUUUCGACAAGAGUGAUUUGGGCAAGAACUUGUAUAGCGGGAAAACCUUUCUAAGCGCUCCCUUGCCAACAUGGCAACUUAUCGGCCGUAGCUUUGUCAUUUCUAAGGCCCUGAAUCACCCAGAAAACGAAUCCUCCUCUGUUAAAGACUACUCAUUCCUGGGAGUCAUCGCCAGAAGCGCUGGUGUGUGGGAAAAUAACAAACAGGUAUGCGCAUGUACAGGGAAGACCGUUUGGGAGGAGAGAAAAGAUGCCUUGGCUAACAACAUCAAAUAG